GUUUAUGAAUCUAUAAGAGCGAUUACAUCAGGCAUGAAAUAUUAUUUUAGAACAGGCAGUCCCUUGGGGCCUUAUUCAAAAUGGCGGACGAAGUGACGGCUGUUUGAAUGGAUGUUAAGAAUUCGUGAUUUUUCUUCGUGUUUAGCUGCAAAAAGCAAGAACGUUUUGCGUAGAUUUCUGGAACGAUGUCAAGACUGGGUCGAGGACGAGGGAGGCGGGGGAGGUUUAACCCUCGGGCGGGGUUUGAGCCCGAGCCCACGGGGCCGAAUGUGUCGGGCGCCCUGCUGAAACAAGCCCGGAAGAGCGGACAACUCAACUUGUCAAACCGGGGUCUGGAAAAGGUGCCGGACACAGUGUGGAGAAUUAACCUUGAUGUCCCCGAGGAGGCCAAGAACGUGACGUUUGACGGAGAGGACCGCUGGUGGGAGCAGGUGGACCUGACUAAACUCAUCCUCGCUUCCAACAAACUCUCCCAACUCUCCCCGACUCAACCAACUGCCAGCCUUGUUCAUGAUAAUGAGCUGACAAGUUUGCCAAAGGAGAUAGGAGAGCUACAACACCUGCAGAGACUAAAUGCAAGCCACAACAAACUGAAGUCGCUCCCAUCAGAACUGUGCCAUCUCAGCAACCUGCUGUACCUUCACGUCGACUACAACAAACUCAGCCAGCUUCCUGAUGACAUCGGUACGCUGGCGCACAUGGAAGACCUGGACAUCUCCCACAACGAGCUCCCCGCGCUCCCACCGAGUAUCGGGUACGUCUCCCGGCUCACCAAGUUCAACGCUUCGCACAACAAACUGACCAGUCUUCCUCCGGAGAUAGGAGACCUGCACAACAUCAGGGUGCUGGAUCUGUCCAAUAACCAGUUAGAGAACCUCCCCACCGACCUGGGCAGACUGGGUAAACUGGAGCAGCUGUACAUCAAGUACAACAAGCUGAGCCAGUUCCCUAACCUCAAGCAAUGUGAACAGCUCAAGGAACUCCAUGCAGGGUUUAAUCUGAUCGCCUGUCUGUCAGCUGAGCACCUGAAACUCCUGCCUGGACUGAUCCUGCUGGAUCUCAGAGACAACAAACUCACCAGCAUACCUGAGGAGAUCACUCACAUGCAGCACCUGCAGAGGCUGGAGCUCUCUAACAAUGAUCUCAGCAGCCUCCCCUUCAGUCUGGGGUUGAUGUCGUCUCUGAAGUCUGUGAACCUGGACGGCAACCCUCUCCGCACCAUCCGCAGGGACGUCAUACAGAGAGGGACCAGUGAACUGCUGAAAUAUCUACGGACUAGAAUCGAAGCACAAUUCUCAUUCCCAGGGUGGUCUGAAGAACAACAAAAUGGUGGCAACACACACUCUAGAGAACCUAAGAGCAGAGACGCGGCUCCUCUGACCCCUGACCCUGAGCCUACCGUACCAGGUUCCACCAUCGACACCUUCACCGUCCACAAAACCAAAUCUAUCAACUACAGUAAUAAGAAUGCCUCAAGUGUCCCAGACGACCUACUGGAGACAGGACGUGACAUGUACGUCUCAGACAUGAACCUGAGUAAGAACGUCCUGACGACCUUCCCCACCGGACUGGUGCAGCUGGCCGCGACCUUGACAGACUUGAACUUGGGGUUCAACAAGCUGUCAGCCCUGGGGACAGAGAUAGGACAGCUGAGCAGACUCACAACUCUGGAUAUAAGGAACAACCAGUUGAGCACCCUCCCCACAGAGGUCGGGAACCUGCAGCAGCUGAGAGAGGUCACCAUCAGUUUUAACAGGUUUCAGGAGUUUCCGUCCGUCCUGUACUCUCUGGUUAAACUGGAGAACAUCUUUGCCAACGACAAUCACAUCGCUGCCAUCGACGUGUCGGGUCUGCUGCAGCUGCCGCAGCUGGCUACCCUGGACCUGCAGAACAACGACAUCAUGCAGGUGCCGCCGCAGCUGGGGAAUGUCACCAGCCUCAGAUCUCUUCAGCUGGGAGGGAAUCCUUUCCGUAACCCUCGUCCCGCCAUCCUGGCUAAAAGCACGGCAGACCUACUGGAGUAUCUCCGCGGACGCAUUCCUACGUAACAGCCUCGCCUUCGUGUGACAGAAAUGUAGAUUCACAGAGGGUAUCUGGACGUUUCUCCGCCAGACAUGUUCGAGGUUAGACGAUUCGCGGUCACUUCCUGGACGAUUCGCGGCCACUUCC